AUGUCAAGUAAGCAGCCGACCUUGAGUACGUUGACUUUGUCGUCGGACAGGAAAAAAAAAAAAAAAGAAAACGCAAGUCAUUUACCAAGGGCUUUCGCGCGCGUUUCGUUCCGCAGGAUAAUCCCUUUCGUAGCAGCGGAUGCCCUGGUUAAGGACAAGAGCGACGACGAGGUACCAGCUGCCGUGACCGGGUAUCCGGCGAGCGCGGCUGCGGUCCCACCACCGGACUUGGGCCCAAAGGACGCGAAUUUUUACGACAUUGUCACCCAAGAGAACCGAUUCAGCCCGCCCGAGAAAACGGAAGGUGGUUUCGUGCCCCGGGAGCCACCGUACUUUGACCCACUUUUCCACGCUUCGAGUCUAAAUUUGGAGAUCGGCACCGGCGUCACCGUCGCCCCGGAAACCCACGCGGCUCCAAACUCGCACAGGAAAAAUGACGGGUGCCGGUACGAGGGAAAGCGCUACCAAGAGGGCGACCCGGUGAGCACCGCGGAGCCGUGCCUGCAGUGCCGCUGCCUCGAGGGUUCGCUGCGCUGUCGAUUGCGAGUCUGUCCGCGACUGCCGCAGCCCGAGCCCGUGGGCUGCCGGCUCAGGCCGCCCAGUGACAACGCCUGCUGUCCCGAGCUCAUCUGCGGCCCCGAGGAGGCCUCUCUCUCUACUCCCGAUCCCGCAGUAGCGCACCGCAAGACGGAAGAAGGUAAUUUUCAUUCGAUACGAUUUUUACAGCGAGGAUGCCUGCACGAGGGCGUCCGGUACGGGCCGGGCUCGGCCAUGAUGGGCUCGCGGCGCUGCGAGUACUGCUACUGCAUUUCCGGCGCCCGAAGAUGCAUCCGGCCCAAGUGCCUCCUCCCCCUGCCCGGAUGCGCCCCCCUGUACGCGCCCCACUCCUGCUGUCCCGUGGCUUACAACUGCACUCGCCAGGUCGACUUCUCGACUACCCUGGCGGCCAUCUCGGGAAACGGCUGCCGUACGAGUCAUCGGACUUACCAGGAGGGCGAGAUGGUGCGCGACAUAGCGCGAAAGGCCACCUGUGACAAUUGUUUCUGUGCCAUGGGGGCCAUACGCUGCGUACCACUGUCGUGCGCUCCACCCCUGCAGGGAUGCAAGCCGAUCGUGCGAGAAGGCCAGUGCUGCCCGUCCACCUACAACUGCAGUGGCACCAUUGAAGUGAAGGCGACGCAGAAUUACGCCUCGUACGCGUUCAUAAGCAAGGAUUACGCCAAGUUUCGCAAGGAAACGAAAUUUUACCCUGCGAUUCACGACUCGGCGCUACUCGUGCAGACGAGCGUCGAGGGCCGGGGUCACCGGGUCGUAAACGAGGCCCUCGAGUCCAGUGGAGUCACGGCGCCGGAAACCAUCACGGACAACCUCGCCGUGGCAACCAAAUCGACGCAACCGGUAGCUUCGCCAACUCCGGGACAGCUCGCGGAAACGGAAACUAUGGACAACGAAAUACCCACCGAAACCGCCGCUCCCGAUUACCCAGCCAGGCCCACCAGUCGCGCCGAUCAGCCCACUGCCGUCACCUCGGAGUACUCGACGAUGGCAGCGGACACGCCGAGCUACGAUCAAUCAGCGGUAACGACGCGCGACCCGAUAGCCGCAACCACCCAAGCCGGUGACGAGGAAGAUGAUAACGGUGGGGCGUCGACUACGUACUCGGAUGUCGAGGAUAUUUGGCCGACGAGCACUGCGUCGGAGUGGACGACCACGACGACGAUAAGCGAGGCUCCUGCCACCAGCGCCGCUGAUGAGACGUCAUCGGUGACGGUGGAUGAAGGCGCGACCGCAACCACUACUGGAAGCCUCCUCGUCGUCAGCGGCAGCGCCCCCAUAACGGAAGUGCCGCCCUCCGAGUCUACCCCCGUUAUCGCUGAAUCGAGCGAUGACACCGUUGAUACCAAUACUACUACUACUACUACUACUACCACUGUUACUAGUCACAAUGACAGAGUUCGUCUCGAGAGCCCGAUAAAGUCAACGACUAUCACGGAUCUCGCGGCAAAAACGACGACAACGACGAGGAGCACUAGCUCGUCAUCACCCACAUCAUCAUCGAAGUCGAGUGCAUCAAGCAAGCCGGCGUUGAUGACAAACACUCCCCCGACGACGAUGGCCUCCACAGGCGUAACACCAACAUCAACGAGCGGACAAGUAGGAAAAGAAGUAGAAGAACCCGCGAGGAAUCAGACGGGAGGUAGCGCCGACUCGUCGCCCGGGAAGGAAAAAGGGGAGACGGGUCCGUCGACCUCGGUGCUCGUGCCCGACGACAUGCUCGUGAUGAACGUCACCGUCAGGACUAACGUGGCCGUGGGACACUUGCACGGCGUCGACAUCCAUCCCAUGGGCAAGCCCGUCGCCCCCGACAUCGCUGCCAUACUCAACAUCACGAACCGGGCCAAGGGCGAGGACUACGACUACGACUACGGCAGUCCCACGCUGCCGCCCUCUUUGCCCAACGUCAGGAUAAUCCCUUUCGUAGCAGCGGAUGCCCUGGUUAAGGACAAGAGCGACGACGAGGUACCAGCUGCCGUGACCGGGUAUCCGGCGAGCGCGGCUGCGGUCCCACCACCGGACUUGGGCCCAAAGGACGCGAAUUUUUACGACAUUGUCACCCAAGAGAACCGAUUCAGCCCGCCCGAGAAAACGGAAGGUGGUUUCGUGCCCCGGGAGCCACCGUACUUUGACCCACUUUUCCACGCUUCGAGUCUAAAUUUGGAGAUCGGCACCGGCGUCACCGUCGCCCCGGAAACCCACGCGGCUCCAAACUCGCACAGGAAAAAUGACGGUAAAUCCUCCCACUGUCUUUACGAGGAGCACGAGUACGGCCACGGCCAAAUCCUGCCGAGCAGAGCCGUUUGCGCGACCUGCAUCUGCUACUACGGGGAAAUCGUGUGCUCGAGCCAAAAGUGCCCCCAAUUGAAGAUCGGCUGUCGGCUGGUCAACAACCCGAACGACGACUGUUGCAGCAAAAUCAUCUGUGCCGACGACGACGUGGAGUCGCCCACAGUCGUGCUGGACCGCGUGGACGCGACGGCCGCGCACAGGCACGAGCCGACCGUCUCGGCUGACCCCUUCCGGGACGUGAUAAAGACGGAGCCGGCGCCCGACCUGCCCUCCCUCAUCGGCGACAUGAUGAUGCCCUACCUCGCGGACCACACCAGCCCGACCAGCUACGCGGUAGCUCCCCCAUCGGUCGGCGACAACGACACUCCCGCCAUCAUCACGGCAACUUCCACAGCUGAUCGGAACCUCAUCAGCCCGUACGAGCAGCCCAGCGGGGGUGAAAGUACGGGUGGAUGGGGGGAGAAGGUCGGUGAAAGCGACUCGUCGUUGUUCUCGCUGGACGGCGUCUUGGAUCUGUUUUUCGGCGAGCCGGUAAUCAACGAGACGACUACGAAAAGUUCGACGACUGCAAAGACGAGGACGAGGAGCACGGCGCCGAAAACGACGAUUGUACCCUCGUCGUCCUUCGCAACGGCGCUCGAACCGACCACGACGACGGAGGCGAGGGUCGAGGACGACAGAGACCCCGGAGGGGGUUUGCUGAAAGUGUCGGGCUGCAACAUAUACGGGCGUAUGUACGGCCUCGGGCAGGUCAUCACGGAACUGUCGGCUCCGUGCCUCGAGUGCAGAUGCACCGACCUCGGGGUGCAGUGCAAAAGCCCGACCGACUGCUGA